AUGAUGGGUGCGAUGAAGGCCGCUCUGGGAGAUGCGGUGGUGACGUUUAUGUGGGUUUUCUGCGCAUCGACGCUGGGACUGAUGACGAGUCUGAUCGCAAAUGCAAUCGGGGUUCAAGCCUCCCACCUCUUCUGGGCUUCUUUCGGCAUCACCACUGCCCUCGUCUUCCUCCUCGUCCUCAUCUUCAACUUCAUCGGAGACGCCUUGGGUGGUGACAGCUUCAACCCCACCGGCACUGCCUCUUUCUACGCCGCUGGUGUUGGUGCCGACACCCUCUUCUCCAUGGCCCUCCGCUUCCCUGCUCAGACUCUGGGUGCUGUGGGUGGCGCUCUGGCCAUCAAGGAAGUCAUUCCCGCUCAGUACAAGCACUUGAUUGGAGGCCCUUCUCUCAAAGUUGACUUACACACCGGAGCUAUUGCCGAGGGGGUCUUGACUUUCCUCAUCACCUUCAUUGUGCUUGUCAUCAUCCUCAGGGGUCCUCGUAGCUCACUGAUCAAGACAUUGCUUCUUGUUGUGGUCACUGUCGUUUUGGUUGUUGCUGGUUCUGUCUAUACUGGCCCUUCAAUGAAUCCUGCUAAUGCAUUUGGUUGGGCAUAUGUAGACAAUCGACACAACACAUGGGAGCAGUUUUAUGUUUAUUGGAUUUGCCCCUUCAUAUGA